GAUGCAUUCCAGUUCAAGAUUACCCCGAAGGACCGUCCCCUUACUAGACGAGGUGUUCUUUCGAUGUUAAGUUCCGUAUACGAUCCACUUGGAUUCAUUGCGCCUUUUGUCCUAGUUGGGAAACAAAUCUUGCAGGAAAUGUGUAGAAACCAAACAGAUUGGGAUAGUCCUCUACCAGAGAACUUGCGACCCAGAUGGAGAUGUUGGAGGGAUGAUCUCGAGAAGCUUGGUUCCUUGGAAAUCAAGAGAUGUCUUAAACCUGAGAACUUUGGAGAUGUCGUAGUGGCCGAACUACACCAUUUCUCAGAUGCAAGCACUAUUGGUUAUGGCCAGUGCUCACAUCUACGCCUUAUAGAUGACAAGCAACAAGUACAUUGCUCUUUAGUUAUGGCCAAAUCCAGAGUCACGCCACUGAAGCAAGUUACUGUACCUCGUUUGGAACUUACUGCUGCUCUCGUUUCUGUUAAAGUCAGCUCCCAACUUCUAGAAGAGCUCGAAAUUAGCAAUGUCGUUGAAUGGUUCUGGACAGAUAGUACUGUUGUCCUUGGAUACAUUGCUAAUGAUUCUCGGCGUUUUCACGUUUUUGUCGCCAACAGACUUCAACAGAUUCGUGACCGCACGGAACCCUAUCAGUGGAACUACAUCAGUUCAGCAGAGAACCCAGCAGACAUAGCAUCACGUGGAAUUACAGCUGCUGAGUUACGAAACAGGAAGGAAUGGUUCAGAGGACCCAAUUUUCUAUGGGAGUCCAGUUUACCAUUUUCUGGUCAACCUGUUAGCAAGCCAAGUAUAUCAGAGGACGAUCCUGAGGUUAAGCGUUGCCAGGUGUUUGAGACGAAGGUGGAACCUACUGAAUAUACGUCACUAAUUGACUAUUUAGAACGUUGUUCUGAUUGGAAUCGUGCCAAGAGACUCAUAGCAAACUGUCUUAAGUUCAAGACGUUGCUUAAAAAGAUUCCUUGUCAGAAGGCAACAGAUGCAGUGCCUUCAAAGGAGCAAGGAUUGCCUGUAGCUUUAUUAGAGGAAGCAGAAUUGGCCAUUGUGAGAUUAGUCCAGAAAGAGGCCUUUAGUGAAGAAUUGAAAAUUCUGAACAACACCAAGGGAUGUGAAGAUGUUAACAGAAAGAAGUCUGUUCGAAAAACAUCCUCCCUUUACCGACUCGAUCCAUUUCUGGAUAAUAAUGAUGUUUUACGAGUUGGGGGUCGUUUGCAGAAGGGAGAAUUUACGUCUUAUGUUAAGCACCCAAUCAUUUUACCAAGGAAGUCGCAUGUUACAAGGCUUAUCAUCAGACACUUUCAUGAACGCAGCAGACACCAAGGACGAAGUAUCACAACCAAUGAGAUUAGAUCAAAUGGUUAUUGGAUUAUUGGCUGCAGUUCUGCUGUGUACAGUCUCAUUUCAAGAUGCGUGAAAUGUCGUAAACGUCGCAGUCAAACACUGGAUCAGAAAAUGAGCGACCUACCUGCUGACAGACUUGCAGCAGAGGCACCCUUUACGUACAGUGGGGUAGACUUCUUCGGACCAUUCUACAUCAAAGAAGGGAGAAAAGAAUUGAAGAGAUAUGGAGUUUUGUUCACAUGUAUGUCUUCAAGAGCGGUGCAUCUAGAGAACGCAAACUCUCUCGACACCAGUUCAUUUAUCAAUGCUCUGCGCAGAUUUCUGUCGAUACGUGGACCAGUAAAACAAUUGAGAUCAGAUAGAGGUACUAACUUUGUCGGGGCUGAGAGAGAACUCAGAGAAUCUCUAGAAGAACUAGACGACAGUCGCCUGAAGCAGUUUCUAACAGCAGAAGGAUGUGAUUAUAUCAGUUUUAAAAUGAACAUUCCGUCAGCGAGUCAUAUGGGCGGAGUUUGGGAAAGGCAGAUCAGGACAGUUCGCAAUGUGCUUUCUUCUCUCUUGCAGGACUUUGGAUCUCAGUUGGAUGAUGAGGGUCUUAGAACCCUUUUCUGCGAAGCUAUGGCUAUUGUCAACAGUCGUCCACUUACCAUCUCGAACUUGCAUGAUCCGUUUGCCCCUGAACCAAUCACACCUAACCACCUUCUGACCAUGAAGUCUAAGGUUGUCUUACCACCACCUGGUGAGUUCCAGACGCCAGAUUUGUAUUGCCGUAGGAGAUGGCGCCGCAUACAAUACUUGGCCAAUGAAUUCUGGACACGUUGGAGAAAGGAAUAUGUUCAGAUUCUUCAGACGCGUACAAAGUGGUCGUCAACAAGAAGGAAUAUCCAAAUUGGAGAUGUCGUUAUAGUGAAGGAUGAUAACCUGCCCCGGAAUCAGUGGCAUCUUGGUCGUGUCAUAGAUACAUAUGCAAGCGAGGAUGGGUUGGUCCGUAGUGUUAGAUUAGCUAUCGGAGACAGCAAUCUGGACAAGAAAGGCAAGAGGAACGGUCAGCUUUCAACACUUGAAAGACCUAUUCACAAGUUAGUCUUGUUGUUGGAGAACGAGACCGGGGAAGACCCCACCGAGGAGCCAUAUUAGGAACCUAUUUGAGUGUUUCUUUAUGGACAUUUUAUUAGUUGUGAGAUUGUAUAUAUGUUAAAAUUAGUUAUUCACUAAUUUGGGGAGCCAUGUUACGCCCGUACAGGCUACCAUAGGUAGAACUCUUUUGUCAAGUGAAGUAAUUUUAUAUCUUGUUACAUUAUUCUGUUUAUUUGGCGGUAAGCACAUGGUGCAGCAAAGUCAGGAAAACCCUCAUAUAUUACGAAAAUAAGGCACAAGGAGUUUCACGGUGAAGUUUGGUACUGUUUGUGACUCUGCGGCGGGAAUACCCGUAUUUUUGUUCUACAUUAAACUUCAUCAGUCAAAACCAAGUAAACCUUGUUUUAUCUACGAGAGG